AUGCGCCGGAUUGCCUUCGCCGUGAGAGCAAUUAAAUUGCAAAAACACGUGAGCGGCGAGAAAAAACCGCUGACGCCGUACGUGGAGGCGAGCGCGACCACUCUCAACUCGUUGCAGCUAGCUUGGCACCUGAACGAAGCUCAAAGGAAACUGGCAGAGACAAAGGGGGCAAAGUUCACAUCUCUCCUUGAGAUGUGCGACCCCGAAACGUUGGACUGGCAGCCUGUUUAUAGGCAAGUUGAACUCCACUUUCAGGAACUUGGAAUGUUUAACAGGGGAAACGAAUGCAAUUGUUCUGUUGAGGAACUCGCUCCGUCGACGGUCUACCUUUUCAGGCUGAAAGUUUUCGAAAGCGAGGAUCAAGAGAGCAACAUCAAGUGGAGCGAGUGCAUUUCAGGCCAAACGAGAGACGAGCCACCAUCUGCUAAAAGCUUGCACAAAGAAAUUGAGUUUGGAAACCAUCAGGAAGUUAGCAGAAUACUUCAAAUAAUACCCAUCGCAGCGAGCAGUUGUGCGUCGGACGCGGGACUGACGAGCCUGCAAACGGCGGUGCUCGGCUCUGACCUGAAAAUGGUGAAAAUGCUGCUGCAGCACUGCGAUAUCGAUGCCAAGAGCAUUGGCAACGGCAGAACGGCACUCAUGAUGGCAUGUGCCGCAGGAAAAGCCGACGUUGCUGAGUAUUUGCUUGAAAAUGGAGCAAAUAUUGAAAAGCAGGACAGGAUCGGAAUGACCGCGCUUCACCACUCGCUCUUGCAUGCAAGGAUGGUCAAAUUGAUUUUGGAUGCGGGUGCAGCGGUGGAUGCUGCCGACUCGUGCGGUUGGACGCCGCUGAUGAGAGCCGGUAAUUUGAUUUGA